GCCUAUUUUGCAAUGCCGCAAAAUGUGAAGAAGUUCAGACAUUGGAAAAUAUUCAAAGUGAAAAUGAUGCUGCUGUUGUUCCCGUUGUAACAGAGCAGUUGGACAAUAUUGAUGUGUUGACAAACAGCCAAGCGGAUUUGCCAAUUUUAGAACCACAAGUUCGCCAAGGACGUCAAGUUUUUGUUGGUAUCUAUCCACCACCAGUACCUUAUUACGGUGUAGGAGGCAUCUAUGGAGGUGGUUUUUAUGGAGGCGGUGGUGGAGGUUUUUACCGACGCGGAUUUUAUGGUCGUCGUAGUUUCCGUCGUUUCGGUGGACGUCGUCGUUUUUAUGGUUAA